AUGGACACAAAACCCCCAGACCCACUCCGAAGGGGGGCCUCUUUGUCUCCUCCUUGUGACUCUCCGUCUUUGCAACUUUUUAAUCCUCUUGUCGAUUCUUCUUUGCAAAAAAGCGCAAGUUCCCUUUCCGGCACUUUAAGGGGGCCCCCCCUGUACCCUGGGGCCCCCCAGGGUACAGGGGCCCCCGGGGGCCCCGGGGGCCUCGGGGGCCCCGGGGGCCUCGGGGGCCCCGGGGGCCUCGGGGGCCCCGGGGGCCCCGGGGGCCUCGGGGGCCCCGGGGGCCUUGGGGGCCCCCUGUACCCUGGGGGCCCCGGGGCCCCCGAGGGGCCCCCGGGGCCCCCGGGGGCCCCCUGGCGGCGGCUGCUGACUUACAGCGACUCGGACUGGGCCCGGGGGGACAGCAGCAGCUGGGGGGCCCCUGCUGCUUGUGCUGCUGCUGCUGCAGUUGUGCCUCUGGACUGCAGCUACGAGCAGCUGGAGCAGCAGAACCGUGCUGCAGCAGCAACUGCAGCAGCAACUGCAGCAGCAACUGCAGCAGCAACUGCAGCAGCAGACAGACCCCAAAGAACUGCAAACAGAGGAUGGAGGGACUGGGGCUGGAGCCCUGUCCCUCUCUUUUUCCAGAAAACCCUACUUACAGGAACAGGCAAGCCUCUAGGGGCGCGGGAAACACCCCCGCGUUGGUGA